UCAUCUUGACGGACGUGCUGCGCUUCAAACCCCGCCCCCCUCUCCGGCUCAGCGUUUCAUAAGCAGCUAACGCACCGAGUUCUGUUGUAGUGACACCACUGUAGGAGCGACAACAACAGCAACAGAGCAGCGAUGGGGAUCCUGACAAUUAGAGUCGAAUACUGUGGCGCAUGAGGUUACGAGCCCCGCUAUCAGGAGCUCGCCCGGGUUGUAAAGGGUGAGUUCCCUGAUGCGGAUGUGUCAGGCUUCGUGGGAAGAAGAGGCAGCUUUGAGAUUGAAGUCAACGGGCAGCUGAUCUUCUCCAAGAUUGAGACUGGUGGCUUCCCAUAUGAGGAUGAUGUCAUGGAUGUAGUCCAGGCUGCCUACGAUGGCAAACCUCUGCAGAAGAUCACCAAAAGCCGGGCGCCAUGCGUCAUAAUGUAAACCUCCCUCCGCCCUGCUUUAACAUCAGCAGCAUCGAGACAGGCCAGUGCAACUGUAAAACUGCCAAUACCACCUCUGGUUUACCCCCAACCCACCACCACCACCCCCACCACCCCCAGCCCUUUUCCAAAACAGGCUGGGAUAAAAACCUUGCUCAGUAAAACAGAUGCACUGUUUCUGCUUUGAUGCAAAUCACCAAACUCUGCUCUGCCCUCUGGCUCCUCUCUCUGUUCCCAUACUGGUGCUCCAGGCUGUUAAUGAUUGCUGCAGCCUAAAAUGAUAAAAAGGAUGUGGCAUGAUGAAUCCACUCCUGGAGUUCCCCUCCUAUAGGAGCAGAGAUGUGGAGAAGAAGUCAGAGUUUGAGUUGGAGGGAGCUCACUUUAAUUUUCCAACAGCCUAAUUGCCUAGCAUUUUCUAACUGCCUAACUGUUGUUUUUUUUUUCUUCAAGUCUUUGUUUAUUGAUCGCACAUGCAAUUAUCAAUGAAUGCAAGGACAGUGCAAAGUAGUACGUUUUCAAGUAUAAAGGGAAACGCUUGGUUUAUGCCUUUGCAUCAUUUUAUGCUGAUUAAUAUAUUAUUUAAGCAUUUUUAUGAAAGUUGGUCAUUACUUCGAACACACUGAUUACUGUACAGGUUGUGGAUAGUGAAGCAAAUAUAAUUUGUGGUGGCUGAAUGCAGCCCAAAGCUGGCAAUAGUUCUCUGCCAUUAAACAUAUCAAAUUAGUAAUAUUUUCAAACAUUUAAGUGACUGACUGCAGUGCUGCCAUUGUUCAGAGCAGGUGAUCUCUCUCUUCUUUUUGUUCCUCUGUAAUUUAAACUGGUCAGGUAGUAGAGCAAUCAUCAGCUGUGCUUCUGAAGACCACCGCCCACUGGUCUGUCAGCUCACACUAAUUGGAUGUCAGCUCAUUUUCCACAAAUCGCACUACUUUGUUAACUCCGAUGUCCAAACUGAAAACUUUCAAUAAAGGUAAUGGUUGUUUAA